AUGUCGGGCAUGACGGGAGCCAGCAUGCUGCGUACGCGCCGAAAGGAUGUCAACGUCAAGCCGAAUCGGAAAUUGGACCGCAAGUCGUCUCGGGGUAUGCUCUACGAGAACGAAGAGCUACGGUUACGGACAAUUAAUAUCAAUGCAGAAAUUGAAAGAGGUCAGUCAGAUAUAAAGAAGCUGAAGCGGGAGAAUGAGCAACUGAAGAGGGAGAUAUCGGCACUCCGCUACGAGUAUGACAGGCUGGACCGGAUGCUGCGCGAGCGGCGUUCAUCGCCAGAACACUCGGACGACAGCGCGUCGAUGUGCGGCGCGUGCGCAGAAUGCAGCGACCCGCGUGUCGCCUUCCACGACCUCACUGUUGUACCCGAGGAGGGCGAACAGGAGAACAAGAGCGGCAGUGCGACCCCGUGCAUCUGUGAAGAAUGCCAAAAUGAAUCGAAAAGGAAAUCCGACGAGGAAAAAAAAUCUGAAAAAACAGACGAGAAAAGCAACGAGCUAAAAGAGCCGAGUGAUGACGCUCCGGUCACGAAACAACCGACGCAAUCUCAGAACAAUGUGCUCGCUCAACCAAAUACAGAUGACAAUGAAAACGAGCGAACAGUCGAUGUUCUAGUUCACGACGCACCGAAUGUGCCGAGCUUCUUCCAAUCCGUGACGUCACAUCCCUGCCACAUUACCGGCCCACCGCCUCCCGGUUUCGUCACCACACCAUAUCAAGCGCCCCGAUUCCCCACGGGAGGGAACGUGGAGGACUUGUUAGGGGACGUUCAACAUUCUCAAACCACAAUACAUACCACGUACAUCCAACAAAAUUCGGUAUUCAUGUGUAACACGCAGAAGAUUCUACAGAACCACUGUUGCUGCCAGAGUCGCGACGAAGCCGCUAAACCGGAAGUGUGCCAAGAGCAACCUAAGUGCUACGUAACUGAAAAGAAUAUUGAGCUCACGUACGAUUACCCGAGAACAACGCCCAUUCCGAGCACACCCAGUCCCAAAUCUAGCGACGAUUUACAAACAACGACCACGGAAGUGGCCAGCACUGUCGUCUUUGUAGAGAGACGGAUUCCUGUAAAGCCUAAAAAAUUUGAUUUUUUUUUCCGAUCGCGAUCAGCACCGGUCGGAGAGAACGAGGAACCGAUUUACGCGACCGUCAACAAACUACCCAAGAGGUUACGCAGGAUGGAACUAGCUAAUUUAGAAAAAGAAGUCGCGUACAAAACCGGAGAGGGUGAGUCCUCUUCUAGAACGGAAGUGACGCAGAAAACAGAUUCAGAAUCUCAAGCACAACCGCCGGACGACGACACGAGUCGCUCAGAACGGGAGAAAUCGACCGUUCAGCCGCGGCCCGAAUCUCCAAAAGCGAAAAAACGGAAGCGGUUCUCGCUAACGUUCAAAAAGAGGGAUAGAAAGAGACGGGAGAAGAAAAAAGAAGUGAAGAACGGGACAAAGAACGGAGGACCGGUUCAGGUGGAGAGCGACAACGAGAGACUGAUAGAAGAGCAGGAGCAGAAGCACAAGCAUUGCGCGCGGCAUCGCCCGCGAAAUACCAUGUCAUCGUCGAGCUCGUGCCCGCGGUACAAGCGGGACAGCUAUCAGGAAAUGACAACCUCGCACUCGGAGCACGAGCGUACAAACAGCAUGUGUUCGUCGAUGAACUCGCUGGGCUCAGCGUGCACGCACAAGUCAAGAAAGCUGUCAGCCGUGCCUCAGACCGACUCGAUUCCUUGGUGCGGCUGUUGGGGGGCUGGUUGUGUGUGA